UCUAUCCUUUAACCAAGUCACUUAACGAAGACAAAUGUCACCGUUCUGGAACACACAAAUUAAGCCAAUGCCCAACAUAGUAAUUAUUGCUAUGUGUAAACAGAGAAAUUGUGUAUGUGGAACUUGGAUAAUUAUUCACCUUUACAGUGAUAUAAAUAAUAACAUUGGAGUUAGCAAAAGAAAUCACAGUGUGUUUGGAAUUAUUUGAAUCCAACUUGCUUAAAAUACAGUUUUGAACGUCAACCUAUUUUCCCAAAUUUUCCAAAUCUUUAACGAAUUGACUGUUUACUUCCCUUUUGUCUGCAAUGCAAAGUUUAAGCUUGCGUAAUUCAUGUAAUUCUGAGGGAGUUCGGGCAAUGUACAUGUUCCAAAUCUAUUGUUCCAUCUGAUACAAAUCUCUAACGAAUUGACUGUUUACUUCCUUACUUUCUUCAAUGCAAAGUUUAGUAAGUUCUUAAUUCUAAGCAUGCACUGGCUACAACGAUCGCACAGAUUGCACAUGCAGUACGAAUAUACGGGCUAGUAUAAGGAGACUCGAUAGCUUCGUACACUAUUUGUUACGAAUAUUCUGUUUCUCAGCCCGCGUUAUCCUUAAAGUAAUUGUCUCAAAGACACUGUGAUUUUAUUCAAUUUGGUUGACAAGAGUUAACUUUCAAAUUCAUACUGAAGAAUCAAAUGUAUUUAAAGAAUCAUAGAAACCAAGAUCAAUUGCAAGUUUUUGAUUGAGAUAAAAAAAAUAUUUUACACACACGUGUACUUGAAAACUUCGUUUCGUUUGUUUCAGAGACAUUAACCGCUAGUGAGGAAAGUCCUUAAAAGAAGACAUCACAAUGUUGAAACAAGCGCUUGACCAGCUCGCAAAGCUGUCCGCUGCACGGUCGACACGUGAUGAUGACCUCAUUGACCAGCUGCACCAUUACGUGGCUGUUGGGACACUGUUGGCGCUAGCGGUGCUGGUUGGUGCCAAGUCCUUUGUGGGGGCCCCUAUCAAUUGUUGGGUACCGAAAGAAUACGACAAGGAUCAUUUUCAAGAUUACGUGAACGCCUACUGUUGGAUAUCCGACAUGUACAACGUCCCUUUCUCGGAGUCACUUCCGGUGGCGGUUGAUGACCGGAUGUCCGAAGACCGUGACGUAAGCUUCUACCGCUGGGUAAUCGUCAUGUUCAUGAUCCAGGCGUUUAUGUUUGAGAUCCCGCACCUGAUAUGGAAAACAAUGAAAGGCUUCUCCGGCAUCAAUAUGGAAAAGAUAGUCGGCAUGACGCUGGACUCACAGAUGCAGCCGGAAGAUGACCGCGACACCAAGAUGAGGCAUAUCUCCAUCUUCAUAGACAGAUGGCUGAAGACGUACCGCCGAUUUGAACAAAACCCGUUUGGGAAUCUGAAGAACAGGUUAGGUAACGUUUUCUUCUGCUUUGGCAAACGGUCCGGUUGCUAUCUUACAAGACUGUAUCUGUUCGUGAAGCUGUUAUAUUUCAUCAAUGUGGUUUGUCAGUUCCAAGUCCUUACCUCCUUCCUUGGGUUCAACUACUGGGCUUAUGGGGGUCACGUCCUCGAACUUUUAGCCGACGACUCCUAUUGGGUAGAUCUACACAACUUCCCCCGCAUUGGAAUGUGUGACUUCCAGAUCCGCCAACUUCAGAACGUUCAGACAUUCACGGUUCAAUGUGUCUUGUCGAUUAACCUCUUCCUGGAGAAGAUCUAUGCUGCACAGUGGUUUGUUCUUCUCCUCCUGUCGCUGCUGACUCUCGGGAGUCUGGUGUCCUGGACAGUUGAGGAAGUGUUCACCUCAAGACGGGAGAAGUUUCUCAACAAGUACCUGUUCAUGCUUAAAGAUGGCGGAGAUUCUGUAGACCUGAAGCUCUUCAAGAAAUUCGUUCGACAUUAUCUCCGAGACGACGGCAUCUUCCUGUUGAGAGUGGUCGGCAACAACACCAGCGAUAUCAUGACCUUUGACCUCCUGAAACACCUGUGGGCUAAAUUCAAGAAGGAACAUCACAAAUCUGAUGACGAGUUUAGCCCUGAAACGAAAUCUUUCAUCAAUAGCCCCAGUGUAUAAAUGAUAAGUCAGGGUGGUAUUUUUAUUGCUUCACCUAGGUCAGUUUCGGCUUUUCUCAUUCUUUGAUUCAUGAUUUCACAAUGUUAUCGAAUCUUGUGAAUAGGUUUCAUAAUAGGGACCAACCACUUAAAAUUUCAAACAAAAUUUCUGUUUUUUUGGUUCAAGCUGUGCGGAGCAAAAUAAUUUUUUCCGGUAUAUUCUGGAACAAGCUAUUUCUUUCAAACAAAUCCAAGUGCCGCCACCCCUUCCAGAAUAUCAAAUGGUUUGCCCCUAAUGAUUCCUGAAGGUUUCCACCUAAAUAAAUGGAAAGUGUUAUUAAAAAGACAUUGCAUUCACAAAAGGAUUUUUUUCAAGCUUAACAUUUUCUCGUACACGCUGUUCUUGUGUUUUAAUUAAGGAUUGGUCCUGUUUUCAAGCCUCCGUGUCAGAACUAAACCCAUGUUAGUUCUUUCGUCAAUACGCUGCGCGUAUUUGACCUGAGUCUUUACAUGAUUUCGUUCAACAAUAUGUUAAACGCCAUGAUAUAACUGAAAUACUGUUAAAGAUGACAUAAGAACCAACCCACUCACUUACACAUUCUUCAGAUGAAGCAAGGGGGCACGGGUGGCCCAGUCGUCUGAGGCGCCGCAAUU